GUUGAGUUUUGUUAAUUUGACUGCUUGGGUUUUUUUCUUUCUUAAAAGGGUAAAUUCUUGAUUGUUUUUUUUUGGUGUUUUAUGGUUUUGUGAACAGUGGGAAAAAAUGGCUGACAAAGGAAAAGGGUUUUCUAUGCCAAAUGCUGGAAAAUCUCCUGCAUCCAAAGGGAAGGAUGAUAGCUUUGCGAAGUCAAAAAGAGGAAGGAGAGUUCAGUUUGAUUCUGAAGGAUCACUUGAUACCAAUUCCACAAAAUCAAAUGGAAAAGCUGAUAUACCAUCUUUCAAAGGUGAUUCCGGCAAAGGCGGGAAAGGAGAGAAAGCUGGCAGUGGUAGUAAAAGUCAAAAAGCAAAAGAUCCUGGUCCUGUUGAGCUCAGAGUUGAACAAGAACUUCCGGACAAAACAACAUGCCUGAUGGACUGUGAAGCUGCUGCUAUCUUGCAAAGAUGCCAAGAGCAGAUGGUGAUAUUGUCUGAAGAUCCAACUAUAAAACUACCUGCUUCAUUUGACAGGGGAUUGACAUAUGCACAAAGGAACAAGCUUUACGAUGAUCCCCAGGCUGUCAAACAAAUACUCAAGCCUCUAAAAGCGUAUGGCGUUUCUGAUGGGGAGCUCUGCAUGAUUGCCAACUUUCACGUGGAAUCUGUUGAUGAAAUAUUUGCUCUUGUUCCCUCGUUUAAGACUAAGAAGAGCAAGCUGAGAGUUCCCCUUGAGAAUGUCUUGGCUAAACUAGUCAAACUUAGAAGGGGAGCAUAAAUGGCUCAAGAAGAGCAUUUUUCUGGUAUUUAUCCGGAGGGUUCUGCAUGUAUCACUAAAGGGCAUGGACAAAAGUUGAUCAGCCAGCAACUGAUGUUUUCUUUCUUAGUGUAUCAUUCUUUUGUUCUAGUUAUUAGCUGGGAUUUUGCAGUGCUUCAGUGUACUCUUUUUCUUCAUGGCAAGAAACAAGAAAAGAGUAGAUGUUUCCAUGGUUGCUAGCCGGCUAGAGGCGGAUUUAGGAUUUAAAGUUUAUCGGUUCCUAUAACGAUAUGUUGUUAUUAUACAGUUUUAGCUGUGUUCAUAGUAAAAUAUUUUUAUAGAUAUUUAGUGAAUUUGGUCUGGCA